GAUGAUGAGGAUGAUGAUGAUGAUGAGGAUGAUGAUGAUGUGAUGGUCCGCGCGCGCAGCUCCGCACUCUGGAGAAGAAACGGUGCAGUGUUUUCGGUUUUGUCUGUGUGUGUGUGUGAGUGUGUGAGUGUGUGUGUGUGUUUAAACACCGACUUUAGACAGAAGUGAAAAAGCAAAAACAAACAGAAAAGAAAGGAGGGAGAGGCGGAGUGUGAGCUGACUGAACAUGGGAUUUAGAGGGACCAUGUGAGCGGACGGAGAGGAUGGAUGACCAGAUGGAGCUCGCGCUCUUACCGCGCUGCUUCCUGCUCCUCGCGCUCUUUUCCCUCCGCGCGAGCGCCGCGCACACAGUGUGUGAGGGCACGGAUAACAAGCUCAGCACCCUGUCAGAUCUGGACCAGCACUACCACACCCUGCGCAAGUUCUAUGAAAACUGUGAGGUGGUGAUGGGAAACCUGGAGAUCACCAGCAUUGAGCGGAACCGCAACCUGAACUUUCUCAAGUCUAUCCGUGAGGUGACCGGUUAUGUCCUGGUGGCUCUGAACCAGUUCGACUAUCUGCCUCUGGAAAACCUGCGCAUCAUCCGCGGGGCCAAACUGUACGAAGGCCGUUACGCCCUGGCCAUUUUCCUCAACUAUAGAAGAGAUGACCACUUUGGUCUGCGCCAACUCGGCUUCAACAACCUCACCGAGAUCCUCAACGGUGGUGUGUAUGUGGAUCAGAACAAGUUCCUGUGCCACACGGACACCAUCCACUGGCAGGACAUCAUGAGGAACCCUCAUGCUGAGCUUCUGGUGGUGCCGUCUAACAACAGUGGCUAUUUAUGCAGACGCUGCCAUCGAUACUGUAAUGGACGAUGCUGGGGUCCUCAAGAGGAUCAGUGCCAAGUCUUAACGAAGACGGUGUGUGCUGAUCAGUGUGACAGUCGCUGUUUCAGUCCGUUCGUCAGCGACUGCUGUCACCGCGAGUGUGCCGGAGGCUGUUCAGGACCCAAACACACCGACUGCUUCGCCUGUACGAACUUUAACGACAGCGGUGCUUGUGUGACUCAGUGUCCUCAACCCUUCAUUUACAACUCCACCAGUUUUCAGCUGGAGCACAAUCCCAACGCCAAAUAUACCUACGGAGCGUUCUGCGUCAAGAAAUGUCCAUUUAACUUUGUGGUGGAUCACAGCUCCUGUGUUCGAGCCUGUCCAAGUAACAAGAUGGAGGUGGAGGAGAACAAUGUCCGGAUGUGUGUCCCCUGUACAGACAUCUGUCCUAAAGUGUGUGAUGGAAUAGGGACAGGAACUUUACACACGGCGCAGACCGUCGACUCCAGCAACAUCGACAAGUUCAUCAACUGCACUAAAAUAAAUGGCAACCUGAUUUUCCUCGUCACUGGAAUUAAAGGUGACAUGUACCACGGAGUCGCAGCUCUGGACCCUGAGCGUCUCAACGCCUUCCGCACUGUCCGACAAAUCACAGGCUACUUGAAUAUCCAGUCAUGGCCCGAGAACAUGACAGAUUUCAGCGUCUUUUCUAACCUUGCUACUAUUGGAGGAAGGACGCUCUAUAGUGGUAUCUCUCUGCUGAUCCUGAAGCAGCGCUGGAUCACGUCCCUCCGUUUCCAGUCUCUGCAGGAGAUCAGCGCUGGGAACGUCUACAUCAGCAACAACAGCCAGCUGUGUUUCUACCACACGCUGAACUGGACAAGGUUUUUCCGCUCGAGUGGUCAGAGAGCUCUGCUGAACAACAAUAAGGAGACGCAACAGUGCGUUAAAGAUCAGCGUGUUUGUGAUAAGCUGUGUUCCGAAGCAGGAUGUUGGGGUCCCGGUCCUGACCAGUGUGUGUCCUGUAGGUUCUACAGUCGCGGGAAGACGUGUGUGAAGUCAUGCAACCUCUACCACGGAGAUGUUCGGGAAUUCAUCAACGGCUCAACGUGCAUGGAAUGUGACAGCCAGUGCGAGAAAACUGGAGAUAAAACGCUGACUUGCCACGGACCAGGGCCAGAUCACUGUACGAAGUGUGUCCAUCUUAAAGACGGACCAAACUGCGUGGAGAAAUGUCCUAACGGCCUGCAGGGAGCUGACAGCUUCAUCUUUAAAUACGCCGAGGCCAAUAACGAGUGCCGGCCCUGCCACCCCAACUGCACCCAGGGGUGCAUUGGAUCCCACAUCCAGGACUGCAUUGGAUUCCUGGACAGUACUCCACUGAUUGUAGCGGGAAUGAUUGGUGGACUGUUUGUGGUCAUCAUCAUUGCCCUCGGUUUGGCCAUUUUCGUUAGACGCAGUCGGAUCAAGAAGAAAAGAGCUCUGCGUCGCUUCCUGGAUACUGAGCUCCUCGAGCCUCUUACAGCCAGUGGAACUUUACCAAAUCAGGCUCAGCUGCGCUUAUUGAAGGAAACUGAACUCAAGAGGGUUAAAAUCCUAGGAUCUGGAACCUUCGGGACGGUCUACAAGGGCAUCUGGAUACCAGAAGGCGAGAGUGUAAAAAUCCCAGUGGCUGUAAAAGUGCUUAGUGAAACUACAGGACCAAAAGCCAAUGCAAAGUUUAUGGAUAUGGUGCUAUUAAUGUCCAGCAUGGAUCACCCCCAUGUAGUGAGAUUGCUCGGGGUGUGCAUGAGCCCCAGCAUGCAACUAGUGACCCAGCUAAUGCCCCAUGGCUGCCUACUGGACUAUGUUUAUGAGCACAAGGACAACCUUGGCUCUCAGCUACUGCUCAACUGGUGUGUGCAGAUUGCCAAGGGUAUGAUGUACUUGGAGGAGAGGAGGCUGGUCCACAGAAAUCUGGCUGCUCGUAAUAUUUUAGUGAAAUCUCCAAACCACAUCAAGAUUACUGACUUUGGACUUGCUCACCUCUUGGAUGGCGAUGAGAAGCAAUAUAAUGCAGAUGGAAACAAGUGGAUGGCACUCGAGUGCAUUCAGUAUAGAAAAUUUACACACCAGAGUGACGUCUGGAGCUUUGGAGUGACAAUCUGGGAGCUGAUGACAUUUGGAGGAAAGCCAUAUGAUGGGAUUCUCGCAUGCGAGAUCCCGGAUAUCCUGGAGAAAGGAGAACGUUUGCCUCAACCCCCUAUAUGCACCAUAGAUGUCUACAUUGUCAUGGUUAAAUGCUGGAUGAUCGAUGCUGACAGUCGGCCCAGGUUUAAAGAGCUCGCUGCAGAAUUCUGCCGGAUGGCGAGAGACCCUCAGAGAUACCUAGUCAUCCAGGGGGAUGACUGCAUGAGGCUGCCCAGUCCCAACCACAGUAAAUUCUUCCAAAGUCUUCUAGAAGAAGAUGAAUGGGGAGAACUUUUGGAUGCUGAGGAAUUUUUGGGACCGCAUGCCCGUUCAUUGCGAACACAAAACCAUCUUCGGAAUCAUGAUGUACCUCGUAGUCCAAAGGAAGCAGCAGGGGAAUGUUCCCAGGUAUCGUUUUGCCCAAGUGGAACCCAGCAGGUGGCUCCUAACUCACAGGAUGGUGACAAAAAUGUGAAGAAGCAGCCCAGUGCUGGAUUUGUGGAGGGAAGCAGCAGCCAGUGCUACACUGCAGAUUCUAUGAACUUCCUGCCGGAUAAAACACAGCGGGGGAAAACUGAUGAGGAUGGAUAUGUGGCACUCAGAAAGGACAACAGCUCAUCAGACCAACAGAAUGCUGUCGAAGAGAACCCAUUUGUGACACUAAGGAAAAAUGUGGAAAUUCAGGCACUGGAUAACCCAGCAUACCACAGCACAUUUGAUGGACCUCCAAAGGUUGAUGAAAAAUAUAACAAUGAACCUGUUUAUCUCAAUACUUUCCACAACAAAGGCAAUAUAAACAAAGCGAUUCUGAAGAAAAAUGAAGUUUCUCAGUUCACAACAGCAGCCAGCACAUCUAUCAGUCACGUACCGCUAACCGCACAGGCAAAAGAAGGAAGAUCCCAUUACAGCAGCCAAGGAGCACAUGUUCAUUUCUCAAUUCCACCAGUUCUUCAUCCUCAAAGUGAACCAAUAAGCCACAAUGUCCAUCAUACUCAUCCUGCCCAUGGUUUUCAUGUAAAUCCCAGCAAAGCUGUAUCCUCAAAUCAGACAUGCCUUGUAAACCACCAAGUUCAGCCUGGUCCUGUGGAGCCACUUGUCCAUAUGGCAAAGUCCGUAGCUGCUAGUAAAAGUGGGCUCUCAGGCCAUCCGAUCCACUCAGGCAGCAUUACACAACAAGUUCAUCCUGGAAUGAUCCUGGUGGACAAGAAGUACUGGAAGACCUUUGACAACCCAGAUUACUGGCAACAUAGUCUUCCGCUCAAAGCAUCCCAAGGGAACCUUCAUAGCUCCUCCCAGAGCUGCCAUUCAAGCCUCUACAGACAAAGUCUAAACAAGCAGAAUGGCUGUAUCCGGUCUAGUGUUACCAAGAACCCAGAGUUCACUCCAGAGUCUGAAGCCAUGAGGCCAGGAACAAGUUUGCCUCCUCCGCCAUACCGCCAGAGAAACACUGUAGUGUAACAUGAUAAUCAUCCAUGUUCUUCAGAGCCUGAUUCCAUGACCAGCAGGCCAUUCUUUUCCACGCUUUCCUGAAUGAUACUGUUCAUGAUUUCCAGACUUUUCAAUAUCCAUAUUGUCAGCGGGAAUACCGGAUCAGUCAGGUAUUAUUCCAAGAAUACUGCCUUCCUCCCAGCCAUUCUUUUUAAUUUAGUAGUCUUGUCUAGGUUAAUGAUUCUUCAUUUGUGAUGUUGGUUAUUACAUGGUACAUCUAAUAAAAAGGCAAACAAAACCUUUGAACCUGGACGUCCUUUGCCAAGAAGCAUACUGUAUUGUUUUUUUAAAGGUUGCACACAUCAUUGGCAAAACUAGCAUGUUUAUGAGCAAACCUGAAUAUUAGCCCAAUGUGAUAAUUUUUCAUUUUACUCUCUGUGAGAGUGUGUCCAAAGUGCCAUAUUGACUGGAUUCAUGGAUAGUAUGUUUUUUUUCCCUCCAUAUAUAAUGCUCUUCUUGCAUGUUAUGCUACAUUUGCUGUUACCCUUAUAAAAUGAUUUGUGGGUUGCUGGAUUUUAUUCUGAGCAAACCAGGGCAUCUUUCAAACAUGGAGUGGAUUCCUGUUGGCUUUGAGGAGAUGAAAAAACGUCCUACAGGCAAUUCAGAGCCAUUGAAAGACGUGAAUAAAUAUGGUUGUGUUUGAUAAUGUAUUAACAUUUUUACAUCUUCUUUUACACCUCUAUAAAUACAUACACAUGUUAUUUAACUAGCCUUGGUGUUUUCUUCUGUCUGUUUUCCUUCUGCUCAUGUACAGUU